AACUCUCUUCGCAUAGCACAGAAUACUUCCACGGUCGUUAUGUGGCUGCCUGGCGGAUGCACUUCAAACUACAUGGUUGCUCACUUUCGUCGUCGGCUCUUCAAAUCUUAUUUACGUGUUUUGGGUCGACGGAGAUGCAACGUCACGGCGUUCAUGCCGGAGGCUGCGGGGUUCGACGGCGUGUCGGACCGCUCGGCUCUGCAGGAGUUCUCCGUCUCCAACAGCGAUACCUUCUGGGCCGCCGCGGCGCGUCACAGGCUGACCUGGAUCCGUCCUUUCCACACGGUCCAGGACUGCGACCUGAGCCGGGGGAGAAUCAAGUGGUUUGAGGGAGGACAGCUGAACGUGUCCGUAAACUGCCUGGACCGCCACGUGCACACCUGCCCAGAGAGGGUGGCUCUGAUCUGGGAGAGGGAUGAAUCGGGGUCAGAGGUCAAAGUCACCUACAGGGAGUUGCUGGAGAUGACAUGCCGCCUAGGCAACCUGUUGAGACGGCACGGCGUGAAGAGAGGGGACACCGUGACCAUCUACAUGCCCACCUGCCCUCUGGCUGUGGCGUCCAUGUUGGCCUGCGCCCGUAUCGGUGCAGCACACAACGUGGUGUUCGCAGGCUUCAGUGCUGAAGCCCUCGCUGAGCGAAUCCGAGACGCCCAGUCCAGCACCGUCAUCACGGUGAACCAGGGCGUCAGAGGAGGCAAAGUCAGCGAGCUGAAGAAGACGGUGGAUACGGCCGUUCAGAGCUGCCCGGGAGUACAGCAGGUGUUUGUUGCCAUGAGAACAGAGACUCCGGUUGCCAUGACAGCCAGGGAUGUCGCCAUGGAGGAGGAGAUGCUAAAGGAGGAUUUGGUGUGUGAGCCAGCCGCCAUGAACAGCGAGGACGUCUUGUUCCUGCUCUACACAUCAGGCAGCACCGGGAAGCCCAAAGGCCUCGUCCACACUCAGGCCGGAUACCUGCUGUACGCUGCGCUCACACACAGGUAUGUCUUCAACUACCAUGACGGAGAUGUAUUCGGCUGCGUGGCAGAUAUUGGUUGGAUAACCGGACACAGCUACAGUGUCUACGGGCCUCUUGCCAACGGGGGAACCACUGUCCUGUUCGAGAGCACCCCCAUUUACCCCGACCCAGGAAGGUACUGGGAGAUGGUGCAGCGGCUGAAGAUAAACCAGUUCUACGGGGCGCCCACAGCGAUCCGCCUGCUGCUCAAGUACGGAGACGAGUGGGUCCACAAGUACGACCGCUCCACCCUCAAAACUCUGGGCUCUGUGGGUGAGCCCAUCAACACUGAAGCGUGGGAGUGGUACCACAGAGUGGUUGGGGAAGGACGCUGCCCUGUGUUGGACACCUGGUGGCAAACAGAGACAGGUGGCAUCUGCAUCACCCCAAGGCCAUCAGAACCAGACGCAGAGAUUGUCCCAGGAAUGGCGAUGAGACCUUUCUUUGGCAUUAAGCCCGUGCUCAUGGACACUGAGGGAAAAGUGCUGACGGCCAACGGCGUGUCAGGAGCUCUGUGCAUCGCUCAGCCCUGGCCCGGCAUGGCCCGCACGAUCCAUAACAACCACCAGAGAUUCAUUGAGACCUACUGUCUGCCUCACCCUGGUUACUUCUAUACUGGGGACGGCGCCUAUCGCUCUAAGGAGGGGUAUUACCAGAUCACUGGCCGCCUUGAUGAUGUCAUCAAUGUGAGCGGUCACAGGAUUGGGACGGCAGAGAUAGAGGACAUUUUGAAUCAAUGCUCUGCAGUGGCCGAGUCCGCCGUCAUAGGAUACUCGCAUGACCUCAAAGGACAAGGGGUUUACGCCUUUGUGGUGCUAAAAAAGAACGUGGUGGUUCAAAGCGCUGACCUUUGUCAGCAGCUGAGCAACAUGGUAUCUAAAAAGAUCGCCAAAUACGCCUGUCCAGACUUCAUCCAGUUCGUCCAGCGGCUGCCAAAGACACGCUCAGGGAAGAUAAUGCGCCGGGUGCUGCGCAAAGUGGUGGAGCGUGAUUUGGACGGGUUGGGUGACCUCAGCACGCUGGAGGACCCCGUAGCAGUUCAAGAGAUCAUCCAAGGUCACUGUGACCUCUGUGGUAAACAACAACCAUGAAGAUGCAGUUCCUGGAAACACUUUCAUUUAAAAAUGAGGAAGAUGGAAGUGAUACUGACACAUGUGCAAUUGCAUCAAACUAUUUUAAAAAGGCCAAAUAUGGGAUUAUUUUUAUUGUACAUAUGACAUUUUUGUGAAAUCAGGUAAACAACUUUUUAAAACUAUGUAUAACCCACAGAUGUGCUGUCCACUUGAUGUGAAAAAGUGAUUGUAAACAUAAUGCAAUGAACAAAUGUAAUCAUAAUGCUAUAAAAAAAACGUAAAUGUG